UUCCUUAGUAGUGACAUGGAUAGUGAUUUGUUUUAUUCUUGUGCAGUUGUUAUGGAUACUAGCUAUGUUGUCAAGUUUAUUUAUUCUGGUGAAGCAGCGACAGUUCCAUUGUUGCAUAAUUGGUCGUUUGUUGACCUAUGCAAUUCCAUACGCUCUCGUUUUCCGGAUUUGAUUCAAGGCAAUUUCAUGUUGAGGUACAUUAUUCCUCCGGAUUCUACUUCAUGUUUUCUAGAGAGUGAAGUUGAUAUGAGAAUGAUUUUUAGGAAUUUGGUUCGUUACAAUUCUGAUUUUGUUGAAGUGUUUGUGACUGAUUUGCCUUCUAUUAGUGAAAGUGUGGUGAGUAAUACAGUGUGUGAGGAUUCUAGUACCAUGCUUGAGGAGAAUGAUUAUUUGGGGUGUUAUAGGGCAGAGGCACCGAAGAGUUAUAUGACGAAAGGUUGGGAGAGUUAUAUUCAUUCUGAAGGCCAAAAGUUUGAGGGUGGGGUUGUUGAGUUUAGGGAUAAGCUGCGUAAGUAUGCCAUAGAAAUUGGCUUUUCAUAUGAGUUUGUUAGAAAUGACAAGGUUCGUGUUAUUGCUCAGUGUUCUAAGAAACAUUCUCAAGGCUGCAAUUGGCUUGUGAAGGCUCAUUUAUGCAGGGCUAAUGGUUUCUUUAUGAUUAAAAGGUUGGUUAAUGUUCACACUUGUCAUGGUGUGAUUCGUUUGCAGAAGAGUAAGAUGAUGGGAUCCAAGGUUGUCAAGUCUAUUGUGCUUGAUAAGAUUCGUGUCAAUCCAAACAAAAAGCCAAUUGAUAUAGCUGAUGAGAUCAAGAGUGAUUAUGGUUUGGAUGUUGCUUAUCGUACAGUUUGGUAUGGUACGGAGUUGGCAAAAACAGCCCUACAUGGUGAUGAAGCUGAGUCUUAUGCUCAGCUACUUUGGUUCAGUGAGUCUGUUAUGAAGUCAAACCCCGACUCUAGGAUAGUGGUUGAGUUUCAUCGAGAAACACACAGGUUUCAGCGUAUGUUUGUGACCUAUGGUGCAUGGAUGAAGGGUUUUCAAUCUUGUAGACCUAUUCUUUUCAUUGAUGCUACAUUCAUUACCAACAAGUACAAGGGGCAGAUUAUUGCUGCAUCACACCUGAUGUCUAACCUUUCUGACAAAUUUCCAGCUGGUUCUUACCUCAAGGAUCGGAUUCCCCACUUGUUUAUGUGUUGUGCUUAUUCUCGAACACCGGAGAUGUAUGAGUUCAACAUGGAAAUCUUGAGGAGUGAAGGCGGCAACAUAGUUGCUCAAUUUCUGGAGGAUCUUCCCAAGGAGAACUGGUGUAUGGCUUACUUUAACGGCGAAAGAUUUGGUGAAAUGACAAAUAACUUGGCUGAGUCUUUCAAUAAUUGGGUGUUGCCUUUGAAGAGUCUUCCUAUUCUUGAUAUUAAUGAUGGCAUUAGAGUGAAGUCCAUGGCUUCAAUUGCUGCUAGGAAGCAGGAUGCUGAGGAAUGGUUCUCUGAGUUAUGCCCGGUGAUUGAAAAGAAGCUGAAGGAGAAUUUGGAAGUCGGAAGGCAUUGGAGAGUGAGCAGGUCUGAUACCUAUGUGUAUGAAGUUCACUGCCAGAAGUACAAUAGCAUGGUAAAUUUGGAAACUCGCUUUUGUUCGUGUGGAGAAUGGCAGCUAUAUGGCUUCCCAUGUUCCCAUGCCCUUGUAGUGAUCCAACAACAUGGUUCUUCCCCGUAUUUGUAUGUCAAUGAGCUGUACAAGGUGGAGAAAUAUUGA